UUCAGCAGCUCGUGCAGCGGCAGCAGUCAGUCCACAGCAGCUCGACCUCUGCACAGGUCCACCCCGGGCAGACCGGCGGAAACAAACAGCUCUUAUUUACAUGUUUACCUGCAGUAGAGACAGUGAGUGAACCCCUGCAGGUGGGACAUUACUGCCGGAGACCCCGUAGUGCUGGAGCCGUUAACAGGCCGGAGAGCAGCAGCGAUACACCGCAGCAACACUGAGGCUUUGUCCUUCUCCAUCUCCCGCUGGAUUUUAUCCUUAUUAUCAGUAUUUAUCGGGACUGUUAUCGCGUGUCGUGGCUCCUCAGACUCUCCACGGGUGGAUUUAACUCGCACUCGUCCUGACUGACACACAGCUGGUUUCAUUCAAACACCUCAACUUGUACAUUUCCGCAUUUUGACGUCUGAUGCUCCGACUACCCGGCAGCUCCUGGUGCUCAGUGUCUCCAUGGUGAAGUGGGCGGGGUCUGAUGUCAGCCCCUCCUCUUUUCGACCCUCUCACCAUGCCCACCAUGGUUUCUAGGCUUCCCAAGUUUGGCUCACGUCCCAAAUCUGCUGCACUUUCCAGUGGCACUCAGACAGGUCCAGCUGCCACCGCGAGCACUGGCACCUUCACCAGCACUCGCCUCACCAAUGGGUUCUACCACCACCCCGGCCCAGCAGGGGUCAACAGCAGUCUGACCACGCCCCCUGCUGCUGUUAAACAGAAUGGAUUCAUCAGAGUGCCGACUUCAUUUUCCAUGAAAUGGAAGAAAGAAAAUGAGAAGGUGGAGGACGGAGGAGCUGACGGAGAGAAGGAGUGGAGGAAAGGAACUGGCGGGAAUGUUGGGCAGAAUCGCUCCUUUAACAGCAUCCAUCAGUUUAAUUCCCAACGCCAACCGGGAUCACCAGUGGUGUCACAGCGUGAUGCCAAGAAGACAACCACGUCUUCUGCAGGAAAGGGGCGUAGUUUUGGUUUUUCUGCAACACCUUCAUCAACACCAUCGCCACAGUCCAGCCCCAGAACACUUCCUGUCUCUAAAAGUGGAUCGCACGGUUCCAAACUGAGCCAAACUUCUCUCGGGCUCAGCAACGGCACCAAACCAACCCUAAAUGGUUUUUCUGGUUCCAAACCAAGGAGCACUUCUCUGAGACAGCCUCAGAACUUUGCUCGCUCUGGCGGUUCUCGACCAGGUUCAGGUCCAGGUUCUCGUUCUGGUUCCCCCUUCCAGAAGAAGCCACCGGCCAGCCGCUCCUACUCCAGUGACAGCCUCGGCUCUGCUCCGUCCAGCCAGCUGACUGAGAGCGAUCGCUUUCGGUCACGUAGCCUCACGCAGGUCCGACGGCAGCCCUCCCCCACCCUCACCUCUUCCUCCACCUCCUCCUCCUCAGUCUCUCACAACACCCGCUCCUACUCCUCUAACAGGGCUGCAGGGCGAGGCGCUUCUUCUGCUCAGGCUCCGCCCAGAAGCAGCUUAGCAAAGCCUCCAGGUACCAGCCAGCCUCCUGAGGGAGGAGGCAGAGGUGGAGGGGCCAAAGCUCAAACUUCUGCUGCUCCAGGGAGGUCAGGGUUCAGCAUCCCCUCCCUACUUCCCCCCACGGCCUUAAAGAAGCCCCUCCUACCCAGCCUUGGCCCCGCCUCUAAGCCAAGCGGCAUCAGCUACAAGCUGUCACGCCCGUCACUCAUCAAGCAGUCUCGCCCCCUCCGAGUGACCUCAGCCAAUGAGCUAGGGGGUGAACAGGAAGUGAACCGAGGACUGACAGCGCGGAGAGACUCAGUGGAGACGCCUUCGACUACAGAAAACAGCCCAGAAAGUUCCCCGGAGGCUCCAGAGACAGAGGGGCUGUCGGCAGAGCCAGCAUCCCAGGGAGAGGUGUCGAUCGUGGGGGAGACGCUGGAGGACAUGUCCCUGUCCUCCAACUCGUCUCUGGAUAGAAACGACACCAGUCAGGAGUACAUGGACGAUUUUGACAACCUGGGAAACGGAGGGGUGGGUAUACUGCUUCUGUCCUCUAAAAACGAUGAAGAUGACUCAGGGCUCGACCAGUCAUGCGCCAGGUUUGAUGAAGACAAAGUGGCUGUUAACGGUGUCACCAAGGCAGCGGGCCUCUGUUUCCUGGACGACGGUAUGGACUGGGCCGGCAUGAGACUCAGCGGUGAGCAAGGGGAUCAUCAUCUGACCCAACUCCCCCAUCGGAGAACGUCCAGUCAGCCGGACUACCACGAGCAGGGCGGUUCGUCUCUGGACCUGUCCCCAUCGGACAGCUGUGGGUCUGGGGGAACCUACAUGUGGGAUGAGGAGGGCCUGGAGCCACUUGGGGGCGCCACCACAACCGCCUCCAUCAACAUCAACACAACCAACAGCAACACCACCCAUCACAUCGGGAGCUUCGACUCCGACCUCAACAGCAUUGAUGUCUUGAACAACCUGGAGUCUUGUGAUCUGGAUGAUGAUGACCUCAUGCUGGACGCAGACCUCCCAGAAGAUGCUUCUCUUCACAGCGAUGGAGACAGCAUCGCCCACAUGGCUCAGUGGAGGAUGAGACAGCUCUGCUGGGGAACGCAGGACGUCCACAACGACAAUGAGAGUGAUUUCCAGUGCUACAAGCUAACUGAGGAUCCUGGGAAUAAGAGGACAGACAUGGCCAGGGACAGCGACCUCAUUCUGGACCUCUGUCCUCCAAGGUCUCCCUGCCUGUCUCCUGGGACUCCUGGUUUGGGUGCUGAUGUGGAGGAACUGGCUGAAGACUGUUCUGCAGUCAGGUCACAGCUGGAGUUCCUGCAGAGGUUGCUGCUGCAGGAGGAGGACAUGGACGAGGACACGCUGACCACGGACACUCUCCUGAGUCCUGAGAUAAACAACGACUCCUCCCACAGCUCCGACACUCGGGUGCAGGCUCUCCUGCAGGAGGUGCAGCAGCUCAGAGAGGAGCUGAGGAGCCGAGACCGAACCAUCGCACAGCUCACCAUGCAGCUGACUGUCCCCACGGCGACCACCAGGUGUCGCUGCCAGGAGACGCCGGGGAGGGUGGAUCGACACACACAGACGAGUGUGGCGGAGAGAGAGAGCGUGGCCUCGCAGACGCCGUGGAGAGAGCACACUUCACAGAUACUUCACCCCUCCAGCCAAGAAGUCCAGGAACCACUGACGCACCGAUGCCCAGCUCCACCCCCAACCCGAGCUCUGCCUCCAGCUAGCGCCUGCUCCACCCAACCCCACAUCGCUGCUGACAGCCUCCCACUCUGUCCUGACACCAACGGCACCCACAGCAUGACCGAGGGAGGAAAGGACGCAAGGAAAGAGGAGGAAGGAGAGACGAAGGAGAGGAGAAGAACCUACAGUAGGUCCCAGCUGCUGCCCCCCCAGCCCUCAAAACUCCACCUCUUCACGUGUCAGACCUCCAGACCUAACCCCACCUCUGCCUCAGCUGCGAAGACGAAGGUGUCUCACGAUCCAGAGGGCAACGGCACUUCUGGGGUAAAGGUCAAAAUGGUGGUCUUCACCUCUGGCUCCUCGCGCCUCCCCAAGCCAAAGAGCCACUGAGCUGUCGGCCUGUUAUCCACCUUCCUAAAACGCAGUGACGUGAUUGAUCCUAAACUCGUUAAAUUAUUAACACUUAACUUAUUUAUUGUUGAUAUUUUGAGCACUGUGACUGAUAAUAAAGGUUUAAGCUCUUUAUUUGA